GGUCUCUACAAUUUAACCGGAAGUUGGUUGCUGAAAUCAUUUUACCACAGACUAGUAAUUUUUGGGUUCGCUCGAGGAAACGCGUGAAAGCAGUUUCGUUUGCGUAAAAUAAAUGUAAUAAAUAUUUCCGUGUAUUUUAAGCAUGUGGCUAAUUGGUUGUAAUUGCAUAAGAGAAUAGCGUCAGACGAUUUGUUCAGUAGAUUAAAUUAGUCUGGUUCACUGUUACUGUAUUAUACUGUAGCUACAGGACGAACAGAAAGAGCCUGAACUGUCGGGUACCUGGUUAAGUGAAUAUACAGCAGUAUACAGUGUAGUAAUGGGAGCACACAGGAGUGAGGGACGGAGAGAGUGGCUUCAACAGGACGCUGGUGGGCAGCAGCAGGUUCAGUCCAUGAACCCCUGGAACAUCAUGAUCAAGCACAGACAGGUUCAGCGCAGGGGUAGACGCUCACAGAUGGCUGUGAGUUAUACAGAUCCUGUCAUUUCUAUGGAUCUCUUGCGGACUGUGUUGCAGCCCAGCUUCAACGAUGACAUUUUGGCAGUCUUUAAAAAAUAUAUGAAGUUUUUUGAGAAGGCAGCAAGCAACGUGAAGGAGAAUGUAGGGGAGGACGUUCAAACGGAUCAGCUCAUCAAAGAGGCGUGUCGAAACUGCUUGGAGCAUGCCAAACUGCUCUUCCCAGAUGCAGAGAAAACUGCACAAAGACCUCUCUUCGAUCCCUCUAUAAAGCGCUCACGGCAGAUGGAUGAUGAUUCCAGUCAAAGAGGAAGCCCAGUCCCUAAAAAGAGGAAGGGACGUCCCCCUCUGCCCACUUUACCUUAUGACCGAUCCAUACCAUACAGUGCUCCGAUUAAGCCUAAAGUAACUGAGCCAAUAAAACGAGAAGGACCAAAGUGGGAUCCUGUCCGGCUGACUGAAAAAAGCACAUUUGUUUUAGGGUCCAGGGCAAACAAAGCUUUGGGGAUGGGAGGCACUAGGGGGAGGAUCUACAUUAAACACGCAGACCUCUUCAAGUACGCUGCUGAUGCUCAGGAUAAGCAGUGGCUUGCAGAGAGGCAGCACAUGAGAGCCACAGGUGGAAAGAUGGCAUAUCUACUCAUCGAAGAGGACAUCCAAGACCUUGCUCUAAGUGACGAAUAUAAAGACUGUCCUGAAUUAAAGCUGGAUGAAUUGAAGCCCUUUAUGGUGCCUGUGUGGAUGUUGGAGAAGAUGCAGAAGACGAUGGAAUCUCAGAGAUCUGAGAGGGAAUAAAGAAACAGAGCUUGGCAUCAUAAAUAUUUUAAGGGUACAAAUACUGAUCUAGAAUGAACUCACUGACUAUACACAAAUAACGUGCUUUAAAGAAAUAUAUAUUCCUUGAUAAAUGGCUAGGAUUCUAAUCUGUACUUGCAGUCUUAGUCUGAUUCAUGCAAUUCAUAUGGCAUAGUUUCAAAUUGCCCCUUUUACAAGCAGACUAAGGCAGCGGUGUCCAAUCUUAUCCACAAUUGCCUGUGUGGGUGCAGGUUUUUAUUCCUGAUUCCACCUGUUUAAUCAGUUGUUCUUGGAUUUUAGUAGACUAUGGUGUGGCUUCUGCUUGGGUGGAAUGAAAACCUGCACCAUAUCGACCCUUUCCGUAUAAGAUUAGACACCACUGGACUAAGGAUUUUGGCUGUGAUGCACACGUUUAAUAACGCAAAGAAGAUCAGUCUCAUUUCUAUCAUUGAAACUUUUUUAUUACAGAAUAGGUUCUCACCUUACUAUCAAGCUUAGCAGUUUUCGCUUUAUGCCCCCACAUGCUAGAAGGGUUUGGGUUUAACAACUCCGUAUUAUUAGAGAUAAUAUCUGACAAGUUAUUAUUUUUUUUUGUUUAUUAAUCACAAAAGUUGCUUUAAAUACCUAUAAGUAUGUGUAUAUAUGUAUUUUCUUACAUGGGGUUUGUAUGAGAAGAUUUGUGCACAUGUAUGAUUUUUUUUUUUUUUUUAACCCCUUUACCUUUUGAGUUAACUGGAAAUAUUUUGUGAUGGUAUGUGAAAGGCUUUAUGGAAUACCAGAUGCUUUGUUGUAUGUAUAUAUAUAUAUAUAAAAAAAAGGUGAAUUUACUUUGAAUCUUCAUAGGAGUAAAGAAACGUUUCUUUUACAGAAGUAGCUUUAUUGUAGUUUAGUAAUAAGGAAGUGCCACAUCAAGAGACCAGUAUUUGACAGGCCUAGAUUAAGUUACAUGUCUUACAAUGAAAACGGGAGAAAAUGUAAAAAAAAAAAUAAUAAUAAUAAAAGAAAAAUGGGGGGGGGUAAAGCUUUUGUCGUGCGAAAUAAAGUCGAUAUAUUCUGUCGAAAGUGUUAAA